GGAGCCACGGGAAAUAACUGAGGGCAGCCAAGGCCUCAGGGGGCCGCCCCGCUGCAGGGCGGAGGCGGGAACCGAGCACUGUGGGGCGGAGAGGAGCCCUCGCUCUCCACGGCGCCGGGGUCACGGCUCCCCACCCCUCUCCACUCCUUCGCGCAGCCCGAAUCCGGAUACCAGCGGCGUUUCGGGGCGGCCCCUUCCGCUCGUCCUAGGCGCCGGGCCUGGACAUGCAGCUCCAGCGGGGACUGCGGCUUCUGCGGCUCGGGGCCUACGCGGGUCCAGGCGCCACGAACGGAGCCGCAGCCGUCGGCCGCGUCCUUCGGCCCCGCGCGCUGCUCGUCGGAUCCCGGCCCCGCCCCGGCCUCCGCCUCCGCCUCCGCCUGGCGCCCCGCCCCUGGCCGCUGCGCGGGGCUGCCGCCUCCGCUGCCAGCCGAGACCUGUCACCCGCUAGCGCCAGAACCAUGGAGCACCCCGGAGCGGGAGGAAUAAAUUCCAGUGAGUGUGAAAAUUUGUCAAGGAAAAAGGAAAUGUCAGAAGAAUUGGAAGCCAAUACUAUGGAUUCUCUGGUAGAUAAGCCAUUUGCUACUAUAGAUAUUAAAGAUGAUGGUGGAAUCACCGAUGUACCUCAAAAUAAUUUGGAGAGAAGUGAAGGAAAUGAAUGGCUCAGUAAAGAUCAAAUAAAGAAGAGGAAAAAAAAACACAAAGACUAUCAACCCAACUAUUUCCUAUCCAUUCCGAUCACCGACAAAGAGAUUACAAGAGGAAUUAAGAUCCUGCAAAAUGCAAUAACACAACAAGAUAAGCGAAUGUCCAAGGCAAUGACCGAUGAUGGUUCCCUUCAUGUUACCUUGCUAGUGAUGCGGUUGUUAAAUGAUGAUGAAAUAAACAUUGGUAUUGAUGCUCUUUUGGAAUUAAAGCCAUGCAUAGAAGAAAUCCUGCAAGGAAAAUAUUUGACUUUGCCCUUUCAAGGGAUUGACACUUUUGAAAAUCAGGUUGGAUUUGUGAAGCUGGCAGAAGGAGAUCACACAAACCCACUUUUGGAGAUAGCAGAGGCAGCAAAAAGGACAUUUCAAGAAAAAGGCAUCUUGGCAGGAGAGAGCAGAAGUUUUAAGCCUCAUUUGACCUUCAUGAAAUUGUCCAAAGCACCAUGGCUCAGGAAGAAGGGAGUGAAAAAAAUAGACCCCAAAUUAUAUGAAAAAUUUAUCAGUCACAGAUUUGGAGAAGAAAUGGUCCAUCGCAUCGAUCUUUGCUCCAUGGUAAAGAAAAAGCAAAGUAAUGGUUAUUAUCACUGUGAGUCUUCAAUUGUGAUUGGGAGAAGAGCACCAGGAAGGAAAGACGGCACCAGUGCCAUGGGCCAGCUCUGCUGCUUUCCUUUCUCCAGAGAUGAGGAAAAAAUCAGUGAGUCCUCUACAGUCCUGCAGAGCUACAGCAAGGAAACACCCAGCUGGCCGAGUGGCAAGAGACCUAUUGGAAUCCGGGAUUUAAUUAAUGAAGCUUUACAUCAAGAAAGAAUGGGUCUGAAGGCCAAAGUGAAACAGAUAAAAGAACUUUUAUUCAAGCCUGAGACUCAGGCCAAAAUUAGGAGGGAACUCUUUGAAGGAAGAUCCAUUAACCACAGUAAUCAAGGAAAUGAUGUUGAUUUCAGUGACACUUUGACAUAAGUUCUACAUCACUCUCAUGGUACCAUAGUUAAUGAAAUUUUUUCAGCUUAUUAAAUAGCUCUUUGGUAAAUACCAAAGAAGUGUUCUGAUAGUGUCUGCACAGCAGCACACUAACAUUUGGUAAGGAAUUAACAACUUCUUACCAAAGAAAACUGAUUGUGCCCUAUUAUUUUUUUAAGCUAAACUUCUGUUUUGGAAUAUUUGUUUCUAUAAUAUCAAGAGUUAUUUUGUUAAAAGGACUUCUUAAUUGGCUGUUGUAAAAUGUUUCUGGGGUCCUCACAGAUAAAAUAUAGACUGUGAAAAAUCACUUACAGACAAAAAAAACAUCCAAUAGUUUAAGGGUCACUUGCCUCCUGUUGACAAGAUCUUUGUUGUAAUGUCCACACGUAUCUAUAGCUAGUGUUACUCUUAGUGGGAAUUUGAAUGUUUAUUGAAUACCAGUACUUGAAUGAACAAUUAUAAAUGUAAUUAUUGUAAUCACUGGUUAAGAAUGUUUUAUAAUAUCCGUAUGUAUUAUUUUUCAAUGAUCAAAAUGUAGUUUGCUUUUUUCAUUCCUGAAUGAAUAAGUGUUUGGGGUUUUUACUUUCUAGUUUUCUGAAGAUAAACCCAGGUCUUAACUGUAUCCCUUAUAAUCUGAGUUUGUUUGCACUGGUUCGUUUUUAGAGAAAAUUCUUGAAAAUUUUCCCUUUAUGCGGUAAUCAUUGGUAGCAACUUUUUCUAUGGUCAUUAUGAAAUGACUGCUACUAAAAGAUCAUGAUGGAAGGGCGAAAUUAUUGGAGAUCAAAUAUGUAAUCAUUUCAAAUAUAAAAUCCAGCUUAUUCAUGGAUUUUAGCUAUUUUUCCACUGGGCAAAUGAUGCUACAUUUAUUUAUAAAUGAGUUUUUGCAUUUUCAUGCUCCUUAAUAAAUGUGUUGUUUUCCCUU